AUGACACACAAAGCCGGUGAGAGUGAGCAAGAGCACGCGCUUAAGAAACGGUUCAUAUGCGACUUCUGUCCAGAGAGAUUCGUCUAUAUGAGGUAUCUGUUGUCGCACCGGUCGGUAUCGCACCCGGAGGCGGCGGGUCGGCCGCUAAGCCUGCGGUGCGCGGUGUGUGGCCGCGGAUUCGCUCACCUGAACUCGCUGCGUCGUCACCUGCGCGCGCACUCUGGGGAGCUCAACUUCCUCUGCAGCGUUUGUGGGAAAGCGCUCUCCAGCCGCGAACAUCUCAAGUUCCAUCUUAGGAUCCACACGGGAUACAAACCCAACGUUUGCAAGACGUGUGGCAAAGGUUUCGUGAAGAAGUGUAACCUGACGUUGCAUGAACGCGUCCACUCCGGUGAGAAGCCGCACGUCUGUUCACACUGCGGGAAGGCGUUCAGUCAACGGUCCACGCUCGUCAUACACGAGAGGUAUCACAGCGGCGCGCGUCCGUACGUGUGCGCUCUGUGCGGCCGCGGGUUCGUCGCCAAAGGAUUACUCUCGAUGCAUCUGAAGACAACCUGCAUAUAGCGCGUAUGAAAUCCUCAAUUCGUCCGCCGCCUCUACCACGCGUCAGCUUAAACGUCGAG